UAUAACAAACAUUUCAAUAUACUAUUUUUAUUGUUAUCGUGUUUGAAAACUGCAGCCGCAUACAAAACACCAGACAGACCAGACAGACCUAAGUAUUGUCAGACUAAAGUAGACCUUUCUUUUGUGGUUGAUACAUCAAGAAGUAUACCGCAUACAGACUUUACACGACAAAUACGGUUUGUUGAAGAUAUUGUAAGAUUUCUCGACGUCGGUCCAGAUAGGACAAGAGUUGCAUCUGUUUCAUUUAGUAAUUAUAACUUCCCGGAAUUUGGAUUUAACAAUCUUUCAAGAAAGCAAGACGUCAUAAAUGCAAUCAAAAGAAUUAAACAUUCCCAGGGUGACGCCACCAGGACUUAUCUUGCUUUGGAAUACACGCACGAAAACAUUUACAGACCUGGGAAUGGUGAACGCCCUGAUGUAGCAGAUGUGGUAGUUGUUUUAACAGAUGGAAAAACAAAUCCGGGUAGCUAUGAUAAAUACGGCGAUGAAAGUGGAAAGCGACAAACUCAGAUCGAGGCUGCUAUCAUUAAGGCCAGACCAGCUUUCAUAUUUGUUAUCGGAGUUGGAAGUCUUGUAGAUAUUGACGAACUGAACGGUGUGUCUAGUGAUCCUGACGAAGAAUUCACGAUCCAAGUUUCUUCUUUUGAAGCUUUAGAUACAGAUGUUGUCAAGCAAUCGUUGUUAUCAAGAGUUUGUGUGGGUAAGUAAAACAGCAAUCGAACUUCAUAAACAAUCAAUGCCAUCUUAUGAAAAAAGGGUGAAAUGAAUGUUUUUAUUUAAGUAACUAUCAAAUGUCUACCAAGAACAUCAAAUUCUUUAAAAGACACAAAACUCAUACACAUAGACAUAUUGAUGAGGUAUCCUACUAAAGACAACCACUUGAAUACAA